CACCUACAUCUAAAUUCUUUUGUUCACACCUCCUUUUCCUCACCUAUAUAUACAUUCAAAUUAAAUGAACAACUAUCUUCCAACUCAAACUGCAGAGAGAUUUCAUCCAAGUAUUGCAGAUUUCUACUUCAAGAUCGACACUGAGGGCACAACGACCAACAGUUGCUUGCUCUUCUUUCACUUCAGGAAGAUUUAAAGAUGGGAAUCCGUUUGCCUUCAAUUCUUCUUCACACUAAACAAAUUCUCAAAAUACAGGGUGUUUCUACUAAAGUUAAAUCUGAUAUUCCCAAAGGACAUAUUGCAGUCUAUGUAGGGGAAAUCCAAACAAAGAGAUUUGUGGUUCCAAUUUCAUUCUUAAACCAUCCUUCUUUUCUAAACCUACUGAAAAGGGCCGAGGAGGAGUUUGGAUUCAACCAUCCAAUGGGUGGCCUGACAAUUCCCUGCAGAGAAGAGACCUUCAUUGAUCUCACGUCUAGGUUGCAUACAUCAUGAGAGAGAUAAAAGAUCAACCAUCUCCACACAGUUUUGCCAAUUUUGUUAUUCUUUUUCAGUUUCUCCUAGUUGUAGUAGAAUAUCAAUGCAUAUGUAUAGGAAGUACAUAAAAAUGACUGUACAGGAAGAGUGGACACUGAUCAGUAAAAUGACUAGUUAUUUCUAAGAGAAAACUGCGCCCCAUCAAAAUUUUCACUUUCUUUUUUGCAUGCAAUUACGCGAAUGAAUCUUGAGUAGGAUAGGAAUUUCAGAAUGAAUCGAUCGAAAAGAAGAUAUUUAGUGUAAAGGAGGGAAAAAAAGAGAGAGGCUAGUGUUGCCCUCUGGUAUU